AUGGUAAACAGGCAUACACAUGGGACCUUGAUGCAAAUGGAUCAAACUGCGUUUCUUGUGCGAUUGCUAAUUUCCAACCUUGGUUUUGUUGGAACACUGUUGAACACAAUCCAGUUGUACGUCCUCUGUCAAUGCAGAAUGAGUUCGCGCAUCACCACACUCCUACUUCGAACUCAAAGUGUGAUCGAUGCAUACACUUGUUUGAUUAUAUUCACAUCCAAGCUCGCUGGGUCGGAAAUUGACACAGGUGUGCCUACGUUGGAUGAGGCUCUCUGCUAUCUCUGGUACAAAGAUAAUUUGUUCUGGUUGGGAGUUGUGGCUAGUGUGCAAAACUUAACAUGCAUAUCAUUCGAUCGCUUCUAUGCCGUUUGUUACCCGAGUCAGUAUAAAAUGCGCCAGAUCCAACUGAUUAUCGGAUGCUACUGUUACGAAGUGGGGAUGACUUUGUUCUUGUUCAUCCCCAAUUUCUUCCUGCGCCGAUACGAAUCGAAUCAAUGCAACUCCCAGUUCGCUUUCGAUGGACACGUCAUCGAGCAAUUCUUUGAAGUACAGGCUUAUCUGUGGACGCUCUUUAACUACGUGCUACCUGCGUUCGUUAUGAUCAGUUCUCAUGCAUAUGUCAUCCACGUGCUACGUCGUCCGACUACUGGCCAAGAAGGCAGUCAGUUUAUUCGGAGUAAUGUUAAACGGUUGAUCCUAACGACUUCAAUGAUGGCAGGUUUCCUACUGGUGCUUCAUUUAUACGAAGCCGUCAAAUACAUUUUGGGUAACUCGGGCAUAGUCCCAUAUGCAUCGGGUUCUGUGCUCCAACAAGUCGGCAUCCUGCUCAUCACACUAAGUGCUGUCUUGAACCCGUGUGUGUUGGUAGCAACCUCUCACAGAGUACGUAUGCAGGUGAGCAGAAUCAUUUUGAAUCUUGAGGUCAUCGACAACAGUAUAUCCGCAACGGAAAACCAAACACUUUCGCGUGGACUCCCGGAGACACAGAGUGCUAUUUAG